AUGGAAAUGGCCGAGGAAUGGCGAGCGUAUAGCGAUGGAACGGAGGCACACAAUAAGCGCCGUGACCAGCUGCUCACACUAACACGCGAAAUAGUCGUCCAUAAUAUGAAACACAACGCAGAGGUGGAGGCAUGCGAUUUGCUGAUCGAGAUCGAACGACUGGACUUGCUCUCCGAGUACGUGGAAGAAAUUGACCAUGGUCGUGUAUGCUUAUAUUUACUGAGGCACUUAGCAAUGGAAAUGGCCGAGGAAUGGCGAGCGUACAGCGAUGGAACGGAGGCACACAAUAAGCGCCGUGACCAGCUGCUCACAUUAACACGCGAAAUAGUCGUCCAUAAUAUGAAACACAACGCCGAGGUGGAGGCAUGCGAUUUACUGAUCGAGAUCGAACGACUGGACUUGCUGUCCGAGUACGUGGAAGAAAUUGACCAUGGUCGCGUAUGCUUAUAUUUACUGAGUUGUUCACCACUGAUGCCCGAUCCGGACAAUGAGAUCCUUAUCAAAACGGCAAUGAACAUCUACAGAAAGUUUGGCAAGAACUUCGAUGCUCUGAGAUGUGCAAUUAUGCUGAAUGCUGUGUCAACAAUGCGAGAAAUAGUUCUGGAAACUAAAGAUGUGUAA